AUGAUGGGGAGCAAACUUGAAAAAACCCAGAGUGGUCAGGAAAAACAGCAAGAUUCUGAAGAUUCGAGCAGGAUACAAUUAGAGGAGUCACAGACUUCACAGGAGCAACUAUUGGCUCCCCCAGAACCUGAGAAAAGAGAAUAUUUGGAGUCUUUUCCAGGCGAACAAUUGAUUGAUUUAAAUGUCAAAACUUUACAAGAGCACCUGAUCAAACUGAAAGAGGAAAACAAAUACAGAGGUGACAGAAUAGCAAAACUUGAAGAUUAUAUUUUAAAAUUAGUGAAUUUACUAAGUUUAGCAGAGUCCAAAUUCAAAGGGAGUGAAGCUGUUGACAAUCAGAAAAUUCUUGAAGAGAAAUUAAAGGAGUAUGUAAUUCAACAGGAAGCUAGAAAUGAGGAGGCAGCAGCUCUGAAGAAAAAGCUGAAUGAGAUGCAACUUUCAUGCCAUCAACUUCAUUUUGAGUGUGAUGCUCUUAAAGGCAAGCUGGCCUCUGUGAAAGAACUGGAAUCACUAGAUUCUCACAGCAGUGAUGAAGAAAGUGAUGGUAAACACAGUGCCAAAGUGGAGCUUCUUCAAAGAGUCAAAAAUUUGGAAGGACUUUUGAAGCUUAAAGACAUGAAUGAGAAGGAGCUGACAGAAACUGUCAAGGAUCUUGAAGCCCAACUUUUGCAAAGCCAAGAGAAUCAAAGGCAGCUUAGCUCACGCUGUGCCAAAAUGAACCAAUUGACAAAACAAAAGGAAGAUAUUGAAAGCAAGCUAGAGGAGAGGUACAGCCAGGUAGAGCAGCUACAGAUAGACAAGGAAAAUUCUGAAGAAGAGUACCAGGAGCAAAUCAAAAUAUUGCUUGAUGAGAUCAGGGAGCAAGAUGAGGCUCAUUCCCAGCUUGAGAUGAUGAACAAAGAUUUGCUUCAGAAAAAUGAAGAGUUAGAAGCAUGCAGAAACACACUUGAAUUAAAAAUUGCCAAAUUAAAGAUGGACCUGGAAGAGAGAGUGAAUUGUGAGCUGAAAUUAAAAAAGCAAUAUUCAGAUCUGGAGAAAACAAUCCGAGGCUGGAAGCAUUUUGAACAGCAAAUGAAUGAGCAGUUCAAGCAAGUAGAAGAGAAGAAAAAUAACAAAAUUAAAAAUCUGAAGAAACAACUUAUGGAGAAAGAUGAAGUUUUGAGAAAGACCUUGCAGGCAAUGGAAGAACUCAAGAAAAGUGCCAAGAAUGCUGAGAGCAUGGUUCAUGACCGACAUGAAGUGUCUCCAGAGGUUCUCAAGGAAAAGACAGAACUUGAAGCUGACUUGAACAGAAAGACAGAGACUGAAAUAGACCAAGCAGGAUUCAUUGUCAAAAUAAGAAGCAGGUUCGAAAUGGAGUUGAGUGCAAAGAGCAAAGAACUGGAACACUUCAAAGAUGAAGCCAAACGUUUAACCGAGGAGAUUUGUGAAUUGCAAGAGCAACAACGGCAGCAAAAAGAAUCCGAGAGGAAGUUGCAGGAACGAAACAGGAUGCUGGAAGAGCUGGUAGAAGAGGUCCAGGAAGGAGAGACCAGGAACUUGCAGGAAAAAAUAGCUCGGAUGGAGAAGCUGCUCAUUAUGAAAGAAGAAACUGAGGAGAAAUUUCAGGCAAGGAUUUCUAAUCAGGAGUCUCUUCUAAAAGAAAUGGAAGAAACACAAGGAAAGCUGGCACAACGUAAUGAAGAACUGGGUGCUAAACAACGUGUGAUAAGUGAAGAACUGCAUCAUUGGAAAAUUAAGUGUUCCAACCUAGAAAAGUUUGAAAGGGAAGUUAAAGUUGAAACAAGAUGUCAGAGAGAUAAGAUAAAGGAACUGGAGAUUGCUAAAACUAAUCUGGAGGUGCAACUUCAAAAGAAAAUCAGUGAGUUUAAUGAGCUUGACAUUUUGAGGAGAAAGGAGCAAGCAAAUAUAACUGCAGAGCUCAACAAAAAGAUUGAAGACCAAAAGUUCCAAGUGUCUGUUUGCCAAGCAGCAAAGCAAAAUAUCGAAAUGCAGUUGAAAAAGAAGAUUAAAGAAUUAGAAAUUUCUGAGGCAAGCAUUAAGAGCCUUAAGAGAAAACUUGAGGAGGCAGAAGAAAAUCAGUGUGAAAUCAGGAAAUUAGAAACCAUUCUUCAGCAGGAAAAGAAAGUACUUGAAACUCAACUUGCCAAAGAGUCUCAGAUAGUCAUCGCUUUGGAGGCCACGGUUAAAGAGGACUGCCAACAGUUACAAACUUUGAAAGGAAAUCUGCACAUGAAAGAAGCAGCUCUACAAUCGCUGCAGGAGGAGAACUCGCUGCUACUGGCCAGAGUUCAAGAUUUAGAACAGGACCUGGAGGAGGCAAAGAAGGAUGUAACACAACAAGAUGAAUGGGAGACCAAGAAGCGUGAAAUUGAUGACAUUGACCAGAGACUGGAAGACUUCAUUCAGUCAGAGAAGAUACUCAAAGAAACCAUUGGCAACUUUGCAAAGACAGAGGCUUCUUUGAAAGAAAGAAUUCAAGAUCUGGAAUGGUCAAAACAAAAGCUUCUGGAUAAAAUCAAUGAGUUGACUUCCAAGUCACAGCAAUUGACAAGCAAUGAUUCACAGCUUAUAGAAAAGCUUCGAUGUCUACAGCUUUCAGAGAGGAACCUCAGAAAUGUGCUUACAGAUAAAGAGAGUACUGAAGAGAUGCUGAAAGGUAAUGAAGGAAUACUGAAAGGUAAACUCUGCCGCUUGCAAAGCCAGUUGAGGAUGAAGGUGGAUGAAAUGAAUAAGCAGUCUGAGUACUUUGAACACUACAAACAAAGGCAGCAACAGCUAAUUAUGAAACUGAGAGAGCGCGAACUGUCCUUGCAGAACCAAAUCUUCAAACUGGAGAGAGAGAAAAUUGAUUUAAAUGCCACCAGUAUAGUCCUAAAAACUGAGCUACAACAAGUUACUGCAAAGCUCACAAAGCUGGAGAAAGCACACAUGAGGAGGAGUAGAGAUCGUUCAGAGCAUGAUACAGAUCUCACCAACAUGGAAAGCUGCGUAUUGAAUGGAGAGGAUCACAUUAAAGAGCAGAUUCUGGUCCUUCAGAAUGACUUAAAGAGACUUUUAGAAAAAGAAGCAGCAAAUAACCAGGAAAGGGAGCAAUUCCAAGAAAGACUUCAACAAGCUGAGGAAAAUGAGAGCUUCCUGACACAUAAACUAGAAGACUUCCGCUCACGGAUCCAUGAACUGAAGUUAUCAGAGAGCAGCCUGCAAGAGCAAAUCGAGGACCUGGAAGAAGAGAAUGAGAAACUCAGAAAAGAUCUGAAAGAUGUACAAGAGCAAAAGAACUACCUGAAUGUGCUGGACUGUGAAGAAAAGCUGGGGAAUUUAGCGCAGGAUGAGUGUACAGUGAAUAAAACAUCAACACAAAACUGUGAAUUCCAGUUCAGUUCAGGUGAAAUAUCAGAUGUCGGGAUUACAACGGAGGCACCUUCAAAAUAUAAGCAUCUGAGCAGCCUCUGCAAUGCAGUGUUUCAACAUGUGGAGGAUGACAGCUCAUCCAACAGGUACAGAGAACUAAAAAACUCCUUGACCCACUUGCGAUCUCAGCUACAGAAUGGAGACAUCUUAUUUCGAGAAGAGUUAAUGCAGCAGAAGUGGACAGCUGUAUUGGAUUCAGCUCGGAACAAGAACACUCAAACUCCCUCCAUUGGACAGUGUCUUCAAGAGGCCAUGAUUCUUGCAAAGCUGGCUUCUGAAUGUGCCUGUGGUUACCCUAAAUUGUCUGAGGCUGUAAGGGAAGGAUGGCUUAUAUCACUGCUUCAAGCAAACUCAUGCAUUUUGGCAGAUCUGAUGCAGAUUCUUAGGACUGGAGAUGUGGAGGAGGUCAGAACAGUCCUCCAGUUACCUGAAACACAAAGAGAACUGGGCAAGUUGUUGAACCCUGAAGUAGGACAAUUUGUGUGUUGUGACCUAUCUUCCCCCAUGAUUGAAAACCAAGAAACCAGGCAAUCCAGAGAUGUCCUAAUAAUGGUCAAGGAAUCAGUAAGUGAUAAUGCUAUUCCCGAAGAUAUCAUCACCAAUACAUCGCCUGAACAUUUGGAGCCUGGGAGCCAAGAAGUUGCAAAGUUGAACUUACUAGCCAUACCUGAGCUUGUGGAUUGCAGUAGCAGUGAUGCAGCCAGUUGUAUGCUACCAAAGACCCCUUGCAGCAUGAAAGGAGAAUCUGUGAGUGGAGACACAAAUACUGUGACAGAAGAAGUCAUUGCAAACCUCAAAGCUGAAGUAGGAGAGCUUCAGGAAGAGAAAGCAGAGAUGGAUCUUCGCCUGCAGUGUAUGAACAAUCAGUUACUCGAUUCAGCUGAAGAGAAGAGCAGAUUGGAGGAUGAAUUAUAUGCUGCAGGGAGAGAAGUGAACCAUUUGGCUCAGAAACUUGAGGCAUUGACAAAAGGGAAGAUACAAGAAGAAGAAUCAAUGAAAAACAACUUGAGGAAAGAAAAUGAGGUUUUGGAGAAGAGAAAUAAAGAGCUUCUAAAUGAGCUUACAAAACUGGAAACCAGCCAGCAAGCAAUGGAAACAGAGUUUGAACAAAAGAGUGAAGAAUAUUUGCAGAAAAUAUCUCAAUUGAAAGAAGAUAAGAAGAAGAUGGAGGACAAGUUUAAUUGCAUGCAGCAAGAAAAUGCAGAGAUACUAAAAGAGUGUCAUCAAAGUAUUGAAACAUUGAGCACAGAAAAUGUGGAAAUGAAGGGAAGAUUAUCAGAGCUUAAAUCCAAGGAUAAAAUUUUUACUAAUAUGGUGACAGAACUGAAAAAGAAAGUUGAAGAGAUGAUGAAAGAAAAUGAACACCUGAUUAACAAAAUUGACAAAAUGGAGAGUGAGAAGACAAAUAUGGUUCAUGAAACAAUACAUCACUUAACAAAAGAGAAUGAACAUCUUUUAGGAAAAGUCAGAGAACUGGAAAAUGAACUGGAGAAUUAUUCCACUGCGAAUACCGCGGCACAAUAUAAAAUAAAUCAAAUAGAAAAUGCAAAUACCAAUUUGAUGAAUGUGAAAGAAAAUUUAAUCAAAGAACUGAAAGUGCAGGGAGAAGUUGAAAUAAAUGAAAAGCCAGAUGAGUUACAGAAAAUGUCAUCACAGCAAAGUGAUGUUUUAUUACAAGAAGCUACUGGCUGUGAGAAUGACAGGAAGAUAACAUUAAAAGCCAAGAAGAGGAAGGAAGUGAAACAAAGCAAGAAUUUGAUGGAACGCCAUGUUGAGUUUAAUGAUGUAUUGUCUGAGACAUCUACAGUGAAAAUUGCUGGAAGAUCUAAUGAAUACAAAACCUUGUCGUCCAAAGAGAAUGCAGAGGAUGAAAGUCCACUCAAUGAUGAAACGAGAAUUGUUAUCGAAGCAUUUUUGGAAGAGAUUGAGAUGGAAGGAGACUCAACCCCAGAUAAGCUGCAGAUGGGCUAUGAUAUUCUACCAAGCAAAUCACAAGAUGCUGAUCAGUCAAGAACAGCCAUCAAGGCCCAGAAAUGGCAUUCAGAGGCGGGGUUGGCAGAAGAUAGAUCUGAAAAGAUCAAGCAAGACCUAACGCAAACUGUAACUGAGAUGGAAAAGCUGUGUAGAACCACAGAAGAACAAGGACCUUUGCAAAUGCAAGCAAAACUUAUGGAAGAGAGUGUUUUAGUGAAAUCUAUUGGCCAAAACUCAGACUUCAGCUCUAUGGACAUUACAACUCUUCAGCAACAGAUUGUUGCAUUGAAUUCCCAGCUUAAAGAUCAGAUUGCUUUGGAGAGGAAGCUUCAGGAAUUGCAGUUUAAACUGGAACUCCUUCAGAACCAGCUUGACAUAAAGUCCAAAGCCGAAAUGGAUUUAAAGAUGGAAAACUACUGCAUGAGAGGUCAAAUUGAUACUUUGGCAGAACACGUCAAUAAUGCAGAGAAUUUCAGAGCAAGAUGUAAUGAAAUGAAAAGUGGGACUGAUGGAUUUGAGAGACUACAGAAUGAAAAUGCAAAAGCCAAGUUGCUGAUUGCUCCACUCAAGGCAAAGCUGUCCUGCCUGAUUCAGAAAUGCCUUUGCAGAAACAGUCUGAUUGUACAUUUAGUGAGGGAACUUUACCAGUGCGGCUUUCCCAAUGCCAGUUUGAUUGAAGAGGCUGAAGAUAUGUUGAAUGAUACGGCAAUCCUGGAGUACACCCGCAUGUUUCUACCACCACAUUGCCAACAGCAGAACUGGAACAAUAACUCAUCACCAGCUGGAAUUUCUAAACAAGAUCAAGGUUUCAGUCCUUGUUUUUCAAGCUCUGUCCCUCACGGAAGCCAAGGCUUUGCUGAUUACAGAGCAUCUUUGACCCACAGGGCAUGUGUGGCCACUGCUGACUAUCACCCUAAUCCUAACAUGCCCCACACUGUGCUGCCAGUGCUGAGUCUAUCUACUGGAGAUUUUGUGCAUGUCACUGGGAUGGCAGACAGCCAUGGGAUGUACCCUGCUGAAGUAAACGGGAGACUCGGAUUGGUUCCAGUUGCUCUUGUUGAGGAGAUGGACAAACUUCAUCAACUGCCAAGUCCCAGAAUGAGCAACCCCGGGAGAACCAAAGCAAAGAGGCAACAGCAGAUUAAUAAACACCAGGUGACCUUCACAAAGGCAAGUCCUGAUUCACCAUCCACUCCUGCUAUACGUAACAAAGGUACUUCACAGCUCAGUGUAUCUCAGUGUAAUGAAAUGCAAUAUUCUAACCUUAUGGCUCAAAAGCAAGCUACAGAAAAGGGGAAGGAACAACCGUGCCCAUCAAAGUUUACUGAGCAAUUUUAUUGCAUUUCCGAGGAUCGCUUUGAGAUGACAUAUGACCAGGCAUACAAUGAUGCAAGUGACAUAAAAAGCAUAAUGACCUCUGGAGAGAGUGACACACAUGUAGAAAUGACAGCAGCUAGCAACCUGUCAGAUAGAUGUGCAUCAAAUCAUAAAGAGCACAGCAAGAGGCAUGCAUCUGGGGAAUGGCGACCAUCAGAGAUGGAACAAGAACCUCCUGCUCCAGUUGACUCAGUGCGUAUUACUGACAGAGUCGGCCAGAAUGGCUUGAUGGUUGUCUGGGAGAAGCCUUCAAUGGAUGAAAUGGGAUGCAGCAAUGGAACAUGUGUUCAAGGUUACAGAAUAUUCAUCAAUGGAGAGUUUCACAAGUCAGUAACAGGAUCAGUUUGCACAAAGGUCAUAUUGAAAGAUCUUGACUUAAAUGUGCCAUUUCAAGUCAGUGUCCAGACAGUUGGAGUCAAUGGGCUGGUUUCUGAGAAGGUUCAGGUCCCAUUUCUGAAUUGUCCGCCACACAGAGUUUUAUCAGGACAGUCCUGUCUUGCACCGUCCAGUCAGGCCACUGAGGGGUCUGAUCUACCAGAGGAAACUAGAUUCACAUUCCUGCCAUUACAGUCUAAAUGGAGAAAGUUCAUUGCUGUUUAUGACUAUAAUCCAUUGCAAGACAGCCCCAAUAUUCAUCCAAGCCAGGAACUGGCUUUUAAAGAAGGGGAUACUAUUUGGGUGUAUGGAAAGCAAAGCAGAGGUGGCUUCUGUGAAGCAGAGGUACAUGGAAGGCGUGGUCUGGUGCCAAUCUGUUUCCUUGAGGAUACCAGCAUUGGAUUGCCACAAACACUGAAGCAAAAAACAACCUGGUCAGCUGGCUCACCUCCAAGAUAUGAUGGGAUGACCAAGCUAUUUGGGUCCUCAGAAUACCUCCACAAGCAAAACUUAAACAGGUGACUGUUGACGAGAAGAGUAUGAAUGUGAUAUGAAGAUUAAGGAAUGCAGGCUUUGACUGGAAGGUCUAAACAUGCACUACUGUUUGUCAAAGAAACUCCUUUAGGAAAUUGAUGAGUUGCUGCAGUCUGAGUACAGACAUGGAGUCUCCGCUGAAUGAAAAAUUUUCUCCACUCCUAAUUAGGUGCUAAACCCAACAAAAGCUGCAGCCUUGAAUUAAUCUUUGCCUUUAAUUUGUUGCCAGGUAUUUAAUUCUCAUACUACCUCUCCACCUUAUUCCAGUUUUGUAUUCCUUGCCAAAAUUCCAGAUUGUUGAACUGGUCUUUUGUGUCAAAUGUCCUGGUGCACUUUUCAUUUUUUUUAAUAAUAAAGAAGCAGUUAAUAGCUAACUAAACAUGAAAUAAAAUGGAACCAAUCCAAAUUUUAAAUAGAAAAGUGUUGCAGUGCCAUUGUUCUGCUUCUGAAAACAGAUAAAGAACAGCACAUUUAUUUUAGAAAUAACAAUGUUCAGCAUAUAAUGUUGCCUAUUCAAUCAUUGUAAAACAAAUAAGUUUUAAACUUGUUGUAUAGGUGUAUGCAUAUUAUAUUCAAUGUAUUUUAGUUGAUGAUCAAUAUCUUGGACAAAAAAAAAUAACAGAAGCCCCCUCCUAUUAAAUUUAAUUUACGCAAUCCAUUUAAUAGUGGAAAUACAUCUUCUGUUAUUAUGGGACUGUUGUGUUUUGAAACCUGUACAUGUGCUGGCGAUGAAUGAACUAUGCCAUGCCUAGCUUAUUGGGUGGCAUUUAAAAAAUACGAUUACUUUUGGAGUACAGAUUUCAGUCAACAAAUUUGUUUAACAUUUCACUUCCUUUGAAGUGUAUCUCAGGACUGUUUGGGGGCAAAAGUGCUUUCUUGUCAUUUGUUCUAUAUUUGUAUAUUAUGUGUACAGUUUAAAACUGCUUGUUUGCACUUUUCAUUGUCUAUUGCACCUGAAUAAGAAAUGUACUUUCAAAUUUAUAUUUUACAAAAUGAAACACACUAAUAGAUCAGUUUAAAAAAGUAAAACUGCUGUUCUUAAAUUAGCGUUUACAAGUAAUUUCCUUCUAAUACAUAGGCACUAGUCUGAAAGGGUAAUUCAUUGAUUGCUGCUAGAUUGAACAACCAUUGUAUUUGACAAUAGAACAAGAUAAUAGUAAUAACAGCUCUUUCCAUUAUGACAUAGAAAUACUCUUGAAUAAUUCUUUAGGAUUCUCUGACAGUCCAUUGAACAAUUAGACACUGGAAAUUUUUGAUGCUAAAAUUCUCCCCAAACACCUUAGGCUGAUAUGAUUGGAUGUGAUAACUGUAUUGAAAGGUUAAUAUGUAAUAGUUUAUGCCUUACUUUGUCACAAGGUACAUGUUUCAAAUUGAACCUUUAUAAUUGAAACAUGAUUAAUUAUCAGUUAUAUUCUGUACCAUUUUAAUGAGGUAGCAGAAACUUUAAACCUUCACUUACUGGUAAAAAAUGUGGUAAGUUUAGCCAGUGUUUUUUUUAUUCUUGCAUGAGACAGACUUGUUCUGUUGAAGUGAGGAAAUGGAACAAAUGAUGGUGUCCCUUUGCACUCCUUUUCCUCAAACCCCUUGUAAUAUUUGUUAAUAUGAAACUGCAGUGCAUGAAUUGUUGAUAUUGUAUGGUGGCCUUGUGAAAACAGCAAAUCUAAACUUUAAUCUGCUUACAUAAAACCAGCAGAUGUGAAUCAAUCUUCACGUCUAUACUUUUUUAUAAACUGGUGUGAGAAAGAAGUGUAUGUACAGUAAAAAUGUGCACCACAGAGAAGGUAUUCAUUGUUUCUACAUACUGUAUAUAAACACACAUGCCUAGAGAUUCACCCUUGCUCAGUUGCACUCUAUGGUAGCAUCAGCAUUUUGGAAUCUUCCUCUGAAAUUUAUGGUUUUACUGCAACUAAAUUUCAGAAGCUGAAUAUUACUGCUGAUGAUUCAAUAUAGUGCAUUUGGUCCCCUGACCGGGAUUGGAUUUCUAGCCAACAUUGUGUCUUGCACAUUGUGAAUCCUUCAGUGCCUUAUGAAGGCAAACAGGAAUUAAACAUCCAUACUGGAUUUCAUUAAAAGCCAAAAAGGUUUGAUUUUUGUCUCUCCAAGCCAAACUCUUUACUAAGAUCGUGUUAUGGUUUCUAUACUGUAUAUGACUUGGAUGAGAUUACUUUCCUUUAGUGCACAAGCUCCUUGUAAAAAUGAAUAAAGUUUAGAUAUGCAUUUUGUUAAAUAUAGAAGCAUAUGGAAAUGUCCUCAGAUUUCUAAUGUACAUAUUGUGGAAUACAUGUAGCGUAGUCCCUAAUGUUUCUUAAAUGGAUGUACAUCACUCGUUUAUAAAAUGUUUAUUAAAUAGCACUAAAAUUACUUAAAAUCCUGUUGAUUUACAUGUUAAUAAAAUUGUAAGGUUAUUUUUAUAAGCUGGUAACAUGUAAAUGAUUUCUAUGCAUUUGUAUAAUGUAUGCAUUUUGUAUUAAAAUU